UAUAAAUUCUUCCGGUUUCUUUGUAGAUAUAGGUUAUACCUUCAUUUGUUCGAAUACUAAUGGUUUUGAUGGUAUUUUCAUUUGUGAAAUGAUAUCGCUACUCGUAUUUGUAGUAGCAUAUGUUGUUGAUGAAUCUGCAUGCUUAAAGGGACUAAAAGUAUGCCGGAACAUCCUGACUGAAAGAUAUUAUUGUUGCUCGGGCUAUGAAGAAGUAAACAACGUAUGCAUAGAAUGUAAAAUUGGUUAUGCGUCAAUUGAAGGUCAAUCGUGCAUGCCCUGUAAUGAAGACAGAUUUGGUAAGCGAUGCCUAAAUCGUUGCGAAUGUGUCAGUUGGCAAAGAUGUGAUAAUGUUAAAGGUUGUGUACCAGGAGUUGGAACUGCUUUUAAUACAACAGCUGGCAAUGAAAACAUCGCAAAUGUUACAGACGUUUCUAUUGAAAGCUCUAUGGAGACAACCACAGGUUUUUCAAAAGAACAUUUGCUGAUAUAUUCACUGGUAGCAACAAGCAUGAUCUUCGCCGUUGGGACGUGUUUUGUCUGUCGUAGAUUACAGAAAAAGAGAGCAAGAAGAGAAGAGACUGCAAAUGAGACAAAUUCAACUCCUAUUCAAAUAACAAAGUCUGGGAAUAAUACAUUUAUUAGCAUAGAGGAGAACUAUUUGAUGAAAAACACUUUCACACAUGAAUCAAUGAAUCCCGUUAUUGAAACAGAAGAAUCAAAGUCUCCAGACAAACAGGAGACAGACACUGACGAAGACAGUAACCUCCAUCCUUACAACAGCAUUCUAAAACCAGAAACCAACGUUGGACAAGGAGAGCGUUCUCAAAAACCGUUUCAAACGUUCAGAGAAAGUUUGGCGGAAUCAACAGAAAAUAUAACAAACCACUUGGAUCAUUAUACAGAGGACUGACAGCUUCAAGACAGGUUUCUGUGAGGAUGGAAAUAGUAAUGCGAACAAGCUAUCGAGAAUGAAAAUGUUAUGCUUGAUUUAUCAUCUUAUUGUCAUUUUAUUUUGCCUUUUUGUAUUACUAUUUUUUUUAAAUUUCAAUGGAAUCUGCAUUCUCAGAAAGGGGUAUAUGUUGUGUAACUAGGUAUCUUGGUAUAACUUAAACAUAUUCUAUUCAGAAAAUAACUGAAAGCUAAAACCUAUAUACGUCAUUUUAAGCAACAUGACAAUAAAUGUGUACCAAGACAACUUCUAUUCUAAGAGAAAUAACCCAAAUUAUAUAUCAAUACCAUCUCACACAACCAUAUUAAAAAAAAGGUCAUAAUAUAGUAAUGAUGGAUAAAUACAAGUGUUGUGGCGAUAACUAUGACGAAAACUGACAGAACUUCAAUUAUUAGGUGUGAGAUAUAUAUAUAUAACUUGUAUCGAAAUCAGUUGCUGAAUAUCAUUAAUAUUGUUAUAUUGUAUCAACCAAAGAACAAAUUUAACCAAUUGCGAUUUAUACUGUUUGAUAGUCCAAUUACCUUGGAUAAACAAAAUCUAGGUUUUUACCUUAUUUUCAUAUAAAUAAUUACAUAUGAAGUGAAAAAGAAAUACAAAUAAACAUAAUAAAUUAAUAUAUAAGAUGGGUUGUCAAUAAGAGUGAUCAUCUGAUGUAAUAUACACAUGGCAAUACUGUUUAUGUUGUCUCAAAAUCUUUUGCACUACCAUAACGAAGAUUUUUCACAUCAAAAUUGACAGCAAUUUCUUUAGUUAUGAAUACCAUAAACUGGGCUUAAAUAAAAAAAAGUGACUUGAAUGUUCAAAUUGGUCACCGCAUUGGGGGCAAUGUGAUCUGUCAGACUAUUGGCUAUGUUGAACUAUUCAUGUGUCUUUUGUUAGUCUGUAUAUAAUUUCCUUUAAAAUGUAUUAACAGAUGUACUCGAUUUUGCAGGUGGGGUAAAGCCUUCUAUAAGCGUAUAAUACUAGGUAAAAAGCUCUUUUCAUCAGAUACGGUAUUACAAAAAAUUAUUCGCAGAUGUUUGUUGCAUUAUGUUAUAUGUAUAUACGUUUUCCACAUGAGGUUGAAUAAUUUCAUACAAAUAUUCCGGAGCAUGCCCAUUUACUAUAUUUGCAUUUUGGUAUCUUCUUCGCCUUUUAAGUUGAUACUCGAUCAGGCAAUGACAGGUAAGGCGACGUUAUGACUUGUGUUGACUUCAGUCGUAAACAACAUAUAUUGAAGUGUACGAUAUGAUACUGCUAAAAAAAAUAGAAAGUCGUUUAAUUAAGAAAAUAAAUAAAUGAUUGCAUUUUUCAUAGACUCUUCCAUCUGUAUCAAUAUCUAGAUAAAGAUCUAGAUGAAACAAACUUUUCUUGUCUGUAGUAUCUUAUACACACAUUUAAUAAAACAAUAAUCAAGA